CUUUACACCGCAGCUAAUAAGGAGGACGUCUCCGUUUGAACCCCGGAGUCUUUGACAGGCAACAGUUCAACCUCUGUCGGCAAAGACUCUUUCCUACUCCGAGAAAAAGAGGCAAAUUAAAAAGACACAAUGAAUCAUCCAGUUGCGCAGAUGACUUCCUGAUAACAUUCCUGAAAAUGUUCCAUGCGUGUUGGUAUGUGCUAGAAGAUGGCGGAGUCAGACGGAGGCGAUUUUAUUCCGAAACACUCGGAGAGCAGUAUGGCUAACAAGAAUAGCACCCUGCGCUGCACUUUCUCCGCCCCGAGCCACAGUGCCACGCUCCUCCAGGGCUUGUCGGUUUUGCGGGCUCAGGGUCAGCUCCUGGAUGUGGUGUUGGCUGUCAAUGAGGAGCACUUCCAGGUCCAUAAAGCAGUGCUGGCCGCCUGUAGCGAUUAUUUCAGAGCUAUGUUUACUGGAGGCAUGAAGGAGUCAAACCAGGACACCAUUGAGCUGAAGGGUUUGUCCGCCCGAGGGCUGAAACAUAUCAUCGACUUUGCCUACAGCUCAGAUGUAACUUUAGACCUGGACUGUAUUCAGGACGUCCUGGGUGCUGCCGUGUUUCUCCAGAUGGUUCCGGUAGUAGAGCUGUGUGAGGAGUUCCUUAAGUCUGCGAUGAGCGUGGAGACCUGCCUACACAUUGGGCAGAUGGCCACCACCUUCAGCCUGUCUUCCCUCAGAGAGUCCGUGGAUGCCUUCACCUUUCGUCACUUCCUCCAGAUUGCCAAGGAGGAUGACUUCCUGCACAUUCCCAUGGAGCGCCUCGUCUUUUUCCUGCAGAGCAACAAGCUGGAAAACUGCAAAGAGAUCGACCUCUUCCACGCUGCCAUCAGGUGGCUCCGGCAUGACGAGUCCCGCCGAGCUCAGGCCAGCAGCGUCCUCUGCCAUGUUCGCUUUCCGCUCAUGCUCUCCUCGGAACUGGUAGACAGCGUUCAGACGGUGGAUAUCAUGGUGGAGGACGUUUUAUGUCGGCAGUAUCUCCUUGAGGCCUUCAACUAUCAGAUUCUUCCCUUCCGACAGCACGAGAUGCAGUCCUCGCGGACACGCAUUCGCUGUGACGUAUUUUCCCUUAUCACCUUCGGGGGGACUCCGUACACCGACAACGACCGCACAGUGAGCACCAAGGCUUACUACCUUCCGGACGCUGCCUCCCGCCAGUUCAAAGAGCUUACAGAGAUGGAGACGGGAUGCAGCCACUCUUGCGUCGCCGUGCUUGACAACUUUGUGUAUGUCGUGGGCGGGCAGCACUUGCAGUACCGCAGCGGAGAGGGCGCAGUGGACAACUGUUUCCGCUACGACCCACAUCUCAAUCAGUGGCUACGCAUCCAGUCCAUGCAGGAGGCUCGCAUCCAGUUCCAGCUCAGCGUCCUGCAGGGACAACUGUACGCCACCGGAGGACGUAAUCGAUCCGGGAGUCUGUCUUCCGUGGAGUGUUACUGCCCGAAAAAGAACGAGUGGUCUUACGUGGAACCGUUAAAACGGAAGAUUUGGGGCCACGCUGGGACCUCGUGUAGAGAGAAGCUGUACAUCUCUGGCGGUUACGGCGUCUCUUUGGAUGACAAGAAAACACUCUUUUGCUACGAUCCAGUGUCAGACCAAUGGGACUUUAAAGCCCCCAUGCAUGAGCCCAGAGUGUUGCACGCCAUGAUCGGCACCCAACAUCGUGUUUACGCUCUGGGUGGCCGCAUGGACCAUGUGGACCGCUGUUUCGACGUGCUGGCAGUGGAGUAUUACAAUCCGGAGAGCAACCAGUGGACCACCGUCAGUCCUAUGAGAGCGGGACAGUCCGAGGCGGGCUGCUGCCUGCUGGACACAAAGAUCUACAUCAUAGGGGGCUAUAACUGGCACCUUAAUAACGUCACAAGCAUCGUUCAGGUGUACAACACAGAGACGGAUGAAUGGGAAAGAGAUCUGCACUUUCCUGAAUCAUUCGCUGGUAUCGCCUGUGCGCCGAUUAUCCUCCCUCAGAACACCCCCCAACACUAAGCUCCUGAUCGCAACUGUGAAGAAGAUUGUUCCUCAUGCUCCUCCUACCGCCUGGGAAUUUAAGUGAAGGUUUGGACAUCUUUUUUUUGUUUUUUUGUCUUCCUUUAACACAAAUGUUUUAAACCGUUUUUUUUUUCAUAUGAGCGUCAAAGUUCAUGGU